GUUUGAAGACCCCUGUGUUAUAUAUUUAUACAUAUAUUCGUGGUUUCCUUUUAAUGUUGGAAGCCACCCAGCGUCUCCUGGGUGGUAAGAUGGCUGACAAGCAAAUUUAAUAAAUAAAUAAAACAAAUAAGCAUAAAGCAAAUGCAUCAAAUUUGUAAACCGUUUCCAGAUUUCAGACCAUUCAAGAUCCAUGUGGUAUAUCAAGCAUGGCUUACAUUUAUGAGUUUUGUUUUUUUUUUAAGAAUGACUGUUGUAAUUUUUUUUUAAAAAAAAUAACAAUUAAAAAAAUAACUACAAAAGGGUGGUUGGGCUGGGUCAAAUAGCAUGUUCCUUCUUUUAACUCACAGAUCCAAUUUUUCUCCAGAACAGCAAGGGAGAGGCCAAAGACCCAUUGUUGGGAUUUGUGGACCGGCCAGCUGUAAGGAAGGAAAAUUAUCUGAACAAGAGGAAUGCAUUAACUGCACCGAUGAAUGCCGAGUGCUUGGCCAUUCUGACAGAUGUUGGAUGCCCCAGUUCCCUGCCUCUAACCAAGCGGACAACGCCGACUACCGAACAAAUCUCUUUGUGCCCACGGUGGAAGCUAAUGUCGAGACUGAGACUUACGAAACUGUGAACCCUACGGGGAAAAAGACCUUUUGUACAUUUGGGAAGGACAAGCGAGAGCACACCAUUCUCAUUGCCAAUGUGAAACCUUAUCUCAAAGCCAAACGUGCCCUGAGCCCUCUCCUCCAGGAGGUCCCCUCAGCAUCAAGCAGCCCAACCAAGACCUGCAUCGAGCCUUCGACGAAAGGACCCCUGGAUGGUUGUGAAGUCAAAACGGGGGCCUUGGCUGAACCCAACAGUCAGUACCUGUCACCUAGCAAACAGUCCAGAGACGCUGCCUACAUGGCGUCUGAUCAGAUGGCCAGGGUCUUUGCCGAGGUGCAUUCCCGGGUCAGCCGAGACUCCGCUGAUAUGGACUCUGUCUUGGAACAGAUAGACCGUUCGAACAGGGAACUAGGGAGAGAGUCCGUAGACGCGGAGGAAGUGGUGCGGGAGAUCGACAAGCUUUUGCAGGACUGUCGGGCAAACGACCCCAUGGCUGUGAGAAAAUGAAGCAAAACAGAAACAAAAAACAAAAAAGACAGUCUGGCAUUGAUUUGCUUCUUCUGCUGAAUUAUAUAUUUAAAAAAAGAAAAAAAAAAA